CCACUCACUGCUGAAUGAGUGAGUUGUCGCACAGAGCAGAUGUUUGAGUAGUUUAAGAGGGAAAUUAAAGCGUGUGACACACUCUUAAUUCUUAAUUCUUUCUGCUGACUUAUGAUCACUGUCAGCAGUCACCUCUGGCCAACAACGAGCUGGGUGUAUGAAGCAAAAGAUAAGUGAAAAACAUGAAGGCGGCAGGAUUUUUUAAUAUUCUAGGAUGUAUUGACUAGGAUGAAGAUUUACGGGCAGCAGACAGACGGCUAUUAUGUCACACAGGAGUUUCACACCACUUAUCUGUGGAUCUCGAGUCUUCCUGCUCCUCCUCCUCCUCGUCCUCAGCUCGUCUCUCCUUUAUUUCAGCCUCUUAGAGCAGACGCUCUUUCAGCCCAAAUAUCACCAAGAUGUUCCUCAGAGGAACAUCAGCAUCCUGCUGUGGCACUGGCCGUUUGGACGCUCCUUCAGGCUCCGUGGAGACAAAUGUCUAGAAAAGUACAACAUCAGCCGUUGUUUCCUCACUGCUAACACCUCCACCUUCUCGUCUGCAGACGUGGUCAUCUUCCAUCACCAGGAGCUGAGCAGAGGCCGCUCCCUGCUGCCUCUGCACCGGGAUCGCCACGCCUCCCAGUAUUGGGUUUGGCUGUCCAUGGAGCCUCCGGUCAACAACUUGAAUGUCUCACAGCUCAACGGCCUCUUCAACUGGACUAUGAGUUACAGACGAGACGCAGACAUAUCUGUCCCUUAUGGAAAGACUGUGUUAGGAGGUGAUGGACGCGCCUUUACAGCGGCUCCAAACCGCUCCUGCCUGGUGGGCUGGGUGGUGAGCAGGUACCAGCCUCAGCAGGCUCGAGCUGCUGUUUACCAGAGUCUAAAGAAGUCCAUCCCCAUACAGGUGUACGGCAGGUGGAACAAGAAACCCCUGUCAAACAAGAAGCUGCUGCCCACCAUCUCAAAGUGCUUUUUUUACCUUUCUUUUGAGAACUCUGAAGCCACUGAUUACAUCAGCGAGAAGCUCUGGAGGAAUGCUUUCCAAGCAGGUGUUGUACCGGUGGUCCUUGGCCCCAGCAGGGCCACCUAUGAGGCCCUGGCGCCCCCUGGUUCUUUCAUCCAUAUUUCUGAUUUCAGGAGCACAGAAGAUCUGGCCGUAUAUCUGAAGCUUGUGGCUGCAGACAGGAAGGCGUAUGAGCAGUACUUUCAGUGGCAUCACACUCACAGAGUAAAGACAUACACUGACUGGAUAGAAAGGCUGUGCCAAAUCUGUGUUCAAUACCCCCAUUUACCAGCAAACAGAGUCUAUGAUGACCUGGAGGGCUGGGUUCAAAGCUGAAGCCUGCUUCAGACCAAAGACACACAACAAGAUGAGUUUAGUUUAACCUGCAGUUCAACAAAAUCCCACUUUUUCCAUUUCCAUCUGAUGUCUUAGGGAGGCUCAAAUUCUGUAUAUUAAAGUUUAUGAAGAUGUACUAACUAAGAUAAAUCCUUCCUUUCAUCCUCUUCAAAAUUGAGCAGCCACUGAGAACACAAUAGAUUUAAAAAAAUGAAACAUAUUAGUUACCAUCAAACAACAGCUAAUGUUAGUAUUUAUCAAUCUUCUAGCUAAUAUUAUCUUUUGCAAGAGAUGGCGGAUGACAUUACAUACUGACAUUGACAUUGAAGUAAUGUUAACUGUGGUUAAACACUGGCUGUUGUCUAACUGUAGCUAAUCAGUGAUCAAAUAUCACUCACACUAUCAUCCGGAAAUCAGAGAGAGAGAGAGUGGAAUGACAUGUGGGAAGGGCCCACUUGGAGGACCACAGUUAACACGCACACUAACCACUGCGCCACCAGUGCCCCAGUGAUCACAUAUGUUUGUAUUACAAAAUAAGUCUGUCAUGGCUCUCUCACUCUGGCAUUCAGCCACUUUUUCGUUAACGGUUUUAUCCGCUCGCUAGAGGCUGAGGGCGAAUGUUAACUACUUUCUGACUGACGUUAAAACAUGCAAAGCUUGUUGAACCUUUUCCUCUUGCAUCAUCCAACACCUUAAUUUACAGUACAGUACUGUAGACCUAAUGUUAACUGUGACAGCUGGUAUAAAUGAGCUAGAAGGGCUCAGCUCUCUCUUUCUUUUAUAUAUUUAUUCUUACAUGAGAAAGGGAACUAUCUGUUGAAUCAGUCAAGAAGCCUUCUGAGGUGAGUGGCAAUAAAUCCUAUCAUCGUUUGGAUGCUUAUUGCUAAAUUUUCCAUAAAGUCCUUGAGUUCAGGGAACAUUGCAACCCUGCAAGCCCACCGCACAGCUCCUCAUACCUUGAACAUAUUAAAUGGUUCAGUUUGUCAGGGUAGUAGUUUGUAUUAUAUAUAAUAUAAUAUAUAACAUAUAUUUGGGUAACCUGAGUGUCUACUGACCCACAAAAUGUAAA